AAUCAUUUCUAUCAUCCAAUCAUCCUCUGUCCCACUAAAAAAACCCCUCUUUCUCGCAGUCUCCCACACAAGGACGCCCAAAAUCACUAUUUUCAAUUUCUACAUAAAAAUCCGAUUGAAAUUACGAUCCCUCUCUUUGAAUUGUGAUUUAUCGCAGUGUGUCCCGAGCUAAUUGAUUCAAAUUAUAGUUCAAGAUUUUCAUUUGAGUCGAUAAACAAUUUAAGCCAUCGGCUGCAUUGUCAUGCUGAAUGUUGCUUCCGGCUGGUGGGAUUGGGAUGACUUCUACAAUGGAUGAGAUGAACUUGAUCCAACAGGCUCAGAGGCAUCAUCUUGUUCGGGAACUUGGUGAAGAGAUUGAUUUGGAAAUAGGCCCCGGAGAUGAUGAACAUUCUUUUGUGCAUAACUCUCUUCUUGGUGUUCAAUCGCACGAGCCCUCUGGCAAAGACCUUGCAGACAACAAGCUUAUGAUGAGUUCUCAGCUAUCUAAUGAGGAUCAGGAUUUGUCGAAGGCCCAAUCUGCGAAAAGGAAGAAGAAGGUCGUUAAAAGAUGGAGGGAAGAGUGGGCUGAUACGUAUAAGUGGGCGUACGUUGAUGUCAAGGAUGGAACACCAAGGAUAUUCUGUUCCGUGUGUAGAGAGUAUGGCAGGAAGCAUAGAAGAAACCCUUAUGGAAACGAAGGGAGUAGGAAUAUGCAGAUGAGUGCUCUGGAGGAGCAUAAUAAUAGCUUGCUUCACAAAGAGGCUCUUCGCCUACAGCAAGCCUCUAAAGAGAAAUUAGUCAUUGACAAACCCAUUUUUGUGAAAGCUCUCAUGUCAAAAACAGCUGGAUCUAUUGUUGAGGCUGCACUUAGAAGAGAUCCUCAUGAAGCCGAGUUCAUUCAAUCUGUGCAAGAAGUGGUUCAUUCUCUAGAGAGAGUAAUUUCAAAAAAUUCCAACUCUGUAAAUACCAUGGAACGGCUUUUAGAGCCUGAGCGUACAGUUAUUUUCCGGGUUCCAUGGAUCGACGAUAGGGGUGAAACACAUGUCAACCGUGGAUAUCGUGUUCACUUUAAUCAGGCACUUGGUCCAUGCAGGGGCGGCCUACGCUUCCAUCCAUCGAUGACCUUGAGCAUUGCAAAAUUUCUCAGCUUUGAACAGACCUUUAAAAAUGCUUUAUCUCCAUACAGACUUGGAGGCUCUUCGGGUGGAAGUGAUUUUGAUCCUAAGGGAAAAAGUGACAAUGAGAUCAUGAGGUUUUGCCAGAGCUUCAUGAAUGAGCUAUACCGCUAUCUCGGUCCCGACAAGGAUCUCCCUUCAGAGGAGAUGGGCGUCGGUACUCGUGAAAUGGGCUAUUUGUAUGGACAAUAUAGACGUCUGACCGGGCAUUCUCAGGGAAGUUUUACCGGGCCUAGAGUAAACUGGCCUGGCUCCAGCCUCAGAACGGAAGCUACUGGCUAUGGAUUGGUAUUCUUCGCUCAACUUAUGCUUGCUGACAUGAAUAAAGAACUAAAAGGACUAAGAUGUGCAGUUAGUGGUUCUGGAAAGAUAUCAAUGCAUGUGCUGGAGAAGCUUAUUGCUUAUGGCGCACUUCCUAUAACAGUCUCAGAUUCAAAAGGUUAUUUGGUGGAUGAGGAUGGGUUUGAUUUCAUGAAAAUAUCUUUCUUGAGGGACAUUAAAGCUCAGAAUCGAAGUUUGAGAGACUAUUCGAAGACUUAUGCUCGUUCAAAGUACUAUGAUGAGUCCAAGCCUUGGAAUGAAACGUGUGAUGUUGCAUUUCCUUGCGCUUCCCAAAAUGAGAUUGACCAGUCUGAUGCUAUCAACUUGGUCAAUUCAGGAUGCCGCAUACUUGUAGAAGGAUCGAAUAUGCCUUGUACACCGGAAGCGGUUGAUGUCUUAAGGAAGGCCAAUGUCUUAGUAGCUCCUUCUAUGGCUGCCGGAGUGGGUGGGGUAGUAGCCGGGGAACUUGAACUAAAAGAGUGCAACUUGAAUUGGUCACCUGAAGAUUUUGAAUCCAAACUACAGGAAGCAAUGAAGCAAACCUACCAGAGAGCACUCAAAUCAGCAGCUGAUUUCGGUUACCAGAAAGAAAGCCCCGAGUCGUUGGUGCACGGAGCUGCCAUCUCUGCUUUCCUGACAAUCGCGAGCAGCAUGGCCGACCAAGGAUGUGUAUAAUAGGCCGCUGCUCAUGGCCACAAAACUUCGCUCCCCUGAUCGUUUUCCGGCCUUGAAGGUCGAAGACCGGAGAAGUAGAGAAUCACUUGAUUGUAAAUUGUGUUUCAUAGCUACAUUAGACUGGUUAUAGCUACUCGGAUUUGGCCAUCAAUUGUUUUAAUGGAAAUAAAAAAUCAUAAUCCCUCAACAAAUUA